AUAGCUACCUUGGUAUUAGAUAACAAACCGCAGUCAAAACAACACACACCGAAAUGAACGUCCUUACGCGAAAUUUGACCCAAACUCUGUUCAAAUACAAUGGGGCCGGGUUGAUCCAGGCGGCCGCCCGCAGUUUCAGUGCGCCGGCACUGGAUGGCAAGGAGAUCGAGAAGCUGGUGAGCAACAAUAAGGUGGUCAUUUUCAUGAAAGGUAACCCGGACGCACCGCGGUGCGGCUUCAGCAAUGCGGUGGUACAGAUACUGCGGAUGCAUUCGGUCAAAUACGACAGCCACGAUGUGCUGCAGAACGAAGCCCUCCGGCAAGGCAUUAAGGACUUUUCGAACUGGCCCACCAUCCCGCAAGUGUUCAUCAACGGAGAGUUCGUAGGCGGGUGCGACAUACUGCUGCAGAUGCACCAAAACGGCGAGCUGAUCGAUGAGCUGAAAAAGGCCGGCAUCGAGAGCGCACUGGCGAAGGAGUCCGAGAAGUGAGCCCCCCAUUGGGGAGUGUGUUAAGAUUUGUUCGGUAAAAAAUAAUAAAAAAAAAACAAUCCCCGCUAAUACCAUCACCGGAAAA